AGUACCCAAAUUCGUUUUUCCUCAAUUUCAGUGUCCCGUUUUUGGUUUUGUAUUGUUUCUUAUUUUUGUUUUUAUCUUCAAUAACAAAAGAGUUGAAUCCACGUGUUUUGUAAUGAAAUGACAUUUCUGUCGCGGGUCGUUGUCAACAGCAGGUUCUUCCUUCGAAUUAGCCGUCUUAAAAUACCGCCUAAGAUCGCAUCGAUCUGCCAGAAAAACUUGUGUUCGCAAUCGUUAUCAUCUUUGGAGAUGUCAUCAAGCAAAAAAGGAAACUUAUCCAAAAUAGUGGCCUUGUUCAAUGAAUUUAUGCCGCCGUCUCUUGCAGAGAGUUGGGAUAAUGUUGGAUUGUUAGUUGAACCAACUCAACCACACAAUGUCUCUAAAAUACUGCUCACCAACGAUCUCACUCCUGAAGUAUUAAACGAAGCUAUCGACUUAAAGGCUAAUUUUAUUUUGUCUUAUCAUCCUCCUAUUUUCAGUCCUUUAAAACGACUUUGCCAGAGUUCCUGGAAGCAGAAAUUAAUCGUCCGAGCCAUUGAAAAUCGAAUCGCCAUCUACUCCCCCCACACUAGUUGCGAUGCUUUGAAGAAUGGUGUUAAUGAUUGGCUCCUCAGUGCAUUUGGUAAAUUCAGUGAUUCAGCCAGAGAAGAUGGUUUCUUUGUUUCAUUCUUGUGUAAGAAAUCUUCUUUACAAACCAUUGCCCAAAUUUUGAAGUCGCAUUCUAUACAAGACCCUGUUUUCACUGAAGUUGCUAAGCCUCCAAUGCCAGAUACUGGAAUCGGUAGAAUUGCUAAACUCCAGACUAGUAUUACUUUGACAGAAGCAAUUGAAAUUAUCAAGAAACACCUCAAAUUGCCCCAUCUUCGAGUAGCCACAGCACAUGGACCAGGAUUCUCUUUCACCGAUAAAACCAUAAAGACGGUUGCUGUGUGUGCUGGUUCCGGCUCCACUGUCCUCAGGGGUGUCAGGGCUGACCUCUAUGUCUCCGGUGAGAUGUCCCAUCAUGAUGUACUGGAUGCAAUCCAUAAUGGAUCCUCGGUGCUCCUCUGUGAGCACAGCAACACAGAAAGGGGUUACCUGUCGCAGUUGAAAAUCUCGUUGGAAAACCUACUGAGCGAACUUACAGUUGAAGUUUGUGUUUCAAACAUCGAUGCUGACCCACUUAAAAUUAAUUAACUAAUUGAUUAAAUUAACAUGAUUGGAAUUUAUGGAUCUCAAUGUUGUCAAUAAAAUUUCCAAAUAUAUUUGAAAUUGAAAA